AUGUCAGAUUUACAUGAUUUAUGCAAAUUCCCUGUGAGACCAAUCGAUAGUGGUUAUGUUAAACAAUUGAAUCAUUACUUAACUAGUGGUAUUCCUGCGACAUAUACAGUUGAAGAAGCUUAUAAAGUAUUAAAUAACAUAGAGGAUGAUGACGAGAAUAGUGAAUCUGUUUCAAACACAACUCCAUUGCAUUUGAUUUGUCAACAUGUUCCAAAGGACUUGAGUUCUGAGGAAUUAUCCAUUGUGGAGCAAAUGAUAACUACAUUAUUCGAAUAUGGGGCUGGAUGGUGUUUCAUUGAUGUCAAUAAUAAUACUCCUGGAUGUAUCCUUAUUGAACGUGGGUUUCAUAAUUCUAGCUUAUAUCAAUUGAUUCUAGAUGCUGGUGUCAGAGCCGAGUUAUUAUUACGUAAAGUCUCGGAAUAUGAUAUGGAAUUCAUUGAUGAAGAUGAUGUGCCAAAUCAAGAAGAUGAAGUAGUACCGGAAUUGGUAACUGAAUUGACAAAAGAACAAGAGGAGAUUGAAGUAGUACAGAAAUCAAAUAAACCAGAAAUCGAUGAUGCUCCAGAUGCUCCAUCCCAAAAUCAAGAUUCAUAUCUUAACACCAAAUUAGAAUAUGUUGAUAAUGCCCUUAUAACAAAAGAUAGAAAAGAUGGUGUUAUGAUGAGUUGGGAAUCAGAUUUAAUGAAAUUAGGAUGUGAUUCUCUUUUCAAAGGUUCGAUCAUUGAAGAAAAUGAAAUUGAUUCCGAAAUAAAUAUCUUAAAUAUAGGAUUUGGUAUGGGUAUAAUAGAUACCAUGAUUCAAGCUGAAAAUCCAACCAAACAUUAUAUUUGUGAAGCUCAUCCUGAUGUGCUUAAAAAGUUACGAGACGAUGGAUGGUAUGAAAAAUCAAAUGUUGUCAUCUUAGAAGGUAGAUGGCAAGAUCAAUUAGAUGAUUUAUUAACAAAGGGAAUAUUCUUUAAUGGAAUUUAUUAUGAUACAUUUUCUGAACAUUAUAGUGAUAUGUUGGAUUUAUUCGAUUUUGUGGUUGGAUUAUUAAAACCAUAUGGUAUAUUUUCAUUCUUUAACGGGUUAGGUGCUGAUAGACAAAUCAUUUAUGAAGUUUAUAAGAAGUUGGUGGAUAUUGAUUUACAAAACUAUGGUUUAAGUGUUACUUAUACUGACGUUGAAGUUCCAAAAGAAACUUUACAAUACAAAGAUAAAUCAGUAUGGGAUGACGUCAAGAGAUCAUACUGGUCAUGUCCUGUUUACUAUCAUCCAGAAGCUAAAUUUAUAGAGUUAUAG